UCUAUAUAUUUAUAGCUACCGUAGCCAAUGUGUAUGUAAAUUUGCAAACACCUUAGUUUUGUAGACAUCAAACAUCUAGAAGACUGAGGGCAUGUGUCCCCGGAGCAACUCGGCCUUGGUGCCACCGCUGCAGAAGAAGCGCCGGCAGGAAGAGGAGUCAAAAGGCGGUCGCAGGGGAUCCCGGGCCUCCUGGCGUGCGUUGAGGAAGAGUGAGGAGGUGCGGAGGUACAGCACGGUGGAGCGUCGUGAACGCAUCGAGAGAUACAGGAGCAAGCGGAAUCGUCGAAAUUUCCAAAAGAAGAUCACCUACGCUUGCCGGAAGGCCCUUGCGGAUAGACGGCAGAGGAUCAAGGGGCGCUUCGCACAUACCGGAGACGGAGAUCAAAAGGUGUGCCUUGCAGAAACAACAGACCAAGGUUCAAGCAGUAGUAGCAGAAGUACGGUGCCGGAGUGGUGGCCAGCAAUGGAGGCGGCGCUGGCUAGGAAGGAGGAGGUGGAUGGCGUCACUAAGCUCCUCCGUUGGGACUGGGAGAUGCUCGCCUCAUACCUCGGCAUCAACCUCUGUUGUGCUACUGACCCUUCCAGACAUCCAUCCACCUAAACAAUGUAGCAAUCAAGCGCCGUCUAUCCAAGGUCACAAGAUAGAAUUCCGAAUUUUAAAAAAGAAGAAGAGGCUUCGUAUGUUGAGGAAUUUCAUUUUUCUGUUUCCAUUUUUGAAAUGAACUUUUGGUCACUCCUUUGAAGCUGUUAUUAUUUCCUUUUUUGAGAACCUAUGGAAGUUGUCCCGUCUAGAAUUUUUGGGAGUUUUUUUCUUUUUAUAGAUUUUUUGUUAGGUUGUCCCGUCUAGAUAGGAACUGGAAGAGCUAGCCAACUCAUGGGCCAAAUCAAACUUGGGCCAUGCAUGUCAAAUUGCUGUAUCUUUGUGGAUUAAUAAUGCUUACCUUUUU